AUGCGGAUGCGAUCGCGGAAGAACAGACGAGGAGACGACAGACACAGAACCGAAGGGGGAGGGGUGACACGUGGCACGCCCUCAUUGGUGUGCUCGUCCAAGGUGGACGACGUGCCGCACCUGUCCGAGUGGAUUCCUGACCUCCAGGUAGGUCAAGGGGAGAUGUGCCACGUGGCAUUCCCUUACCAUGCCAAGUGUCGAGUUUGUUG